CCUCCUCACGAAUCCUCCAAGCCACACACACUCCCAGUGUGGUGGAAGAGAGGGAGGAGGAGGAGGAAGAGGAGGAUAAAGACAACCGAGGAGGAGGAGUUACCGAGAGUGGCUGGAAACAACCGGGGUCCUCUUGCUGGCUGACUUGGCUGGCGGGUUUUUUUGAGCAAGGAAGGCCAACUUCGCAAAGAGGAACAGUGAAGAAGAAUAAUAAUAUACAUUAACAAAAAAGAGAUUUCGCGUUGAUCGCCAGGGAUAAUCAUUUAGAUUGUAAGCUCGUCGGCGAAAGGAGCGAAGAAGGAGCAGCCAUGCCAGACCACAUCACCGUCCCCGACUUUGUGAGCGAGACGCUGGAGGACUACAGCUCCCCCACCACGUCCACCUUCACCACCAAGAUGAACAUGUGCCGCUCCUCAGUCAGUGCCGUGGAGGAGUACCUGGAUUUAGACCGGGCCGCGCUGCAAAAAAUGAAGAAGUCGAUUAAAGCCAUCCAAACGUCCGGGCAAUCCCACGUGGAGAACGAGGAGGCGUACACGCUGGCGCUGGACAAGGUGGGUACCAACCUGAUGAGCCGGGACGACCCGAACCUGGGGGCGGCCUUCCUCAAGUUCUCUGUGUUCACCAAGGAGCUCACCUCUCUGCUCAAGAAUCUGGUGCAGAACAUGAGCAACAUCGUCGUCUUCCCGCUCGACUGCCUGCUCAAGGGGGACCUCAAGGGGGCCAAAGGGGACCUCAAGAAGCCAUUCGACAAAGCUUGGAAGGACUAUGAGACAAAGUUCCUCAAGAUCGAGAAGGAGAAGAAGGAGCACGCGAGGCAGCACGGCAUGAUCCGCACCGAGAUCACGGGCGCCGAGAUCGCCGAGGACAUGGAGAAGGAGCGCCGCGUCUUCCAGCUGCAGAUGUGCGAGUACCUGAUCAAGGUGAACGAGAUCAAGACCAAGAAGGGAGUGGAUCUGCUGCAGCAUCUCAUCAAGUUCUACCACGCGCAGUGCAAUUUCUUUCAGGAUGGCCUCAAAGCCGUCGAGUCCCUCAAGUCGUACGUGGAGAAACUGGCCAACGACCUCUACACGAUCAAGCAGAGUCAGGACGAGGAGCGCAAGCAGCUGUGCUCGCUGCGGGACACGCUCAAGACCUGCCUGCAGGUGGAGCAGAAAGAGUCUAGAAGAGAUUCGCAGGGAAGGCAGAGCGGUGCCGGCUACAGCCUGCACCAGCUGCAGGGCAACAAGGAGCACGGCAGCGAACGCACCGGCUACCUUUUCAAGAAGAGCGAGGGAAUUCGCAAGGUCUGGCAGAAGAGGUCGUGCGCGGUGAAGAAUGGGUACCUGACGAUCUCGCACGGCACGGUGAACCAACCGCCUGCUAAGCUGAACCUGCUGACGUGCCAGGUAAAGCCGUACCCCGACGACAAGAAGAGCUUCGACCUCAUCUCACACAACCGGACGUAUCACUUUCAAGCCGAGGACGACCAGGACUGCCUCAUGUGGAUCUCGGUGCUGACGAACAGCAAGGAGGAGGCGCUGAACAUGGCGUUCAGCGGCGAGGCGGGCAGCGAUGAGUGCGACAGCGCCACGGACCUCACCAAAGACAUCAUCGCCGACAUCCUGCGCACGCCCGGCAACAACAGCUGCUGCGACUGCGAUGCGCCGGAUCCGUCGUGGCUCUCCACCAACUUGGGCAUCCUGACGUGCAUCGAGUGCUCGGGGAUCCACCGCGAGAUGGGCGUCCACGUCUCGCGCAUCCAGUCGCUCACGCUCGACGUCCUCGGAACCUCCGAGCUGCUGAUCGCGCGCAACGUGGGGAACUCGGGGUUCAACGAUGUGAUGGAGGCUCAGCUGCCGGACGCGUCCAGCUCCAAGCCGACCCCGAACAGCGACAUGGUGGCGCGCAAGGAGUACAUCUUGGCCAAGUACGUGGAGCGGCGGUUCGCCCGCAAGUCAGGCAGCACGUCGGCCGCCAAGCUCAACAACCUGUACAACGCGGUGACGUCGCGCGACGUGCUGGCGCUCGUCGCCGUGCACGCCGAGGGGGUGGACCUCACCGAGGCACUGCCACCGUACCCGGGCCAGGAGGUUGGGGAGACGGCGCUGCACUUGGCCGUCAGGAAGAUGGAUCGCUGCUCCCUGCACAUCGUGGACUUUCUCAUUCAGAACAGCGGGAACCUGAACAAGCAGACGGUGAAGGGGAACACGGCGCUGCACUACUGCUGCGUGUACAACCACACUGAGUGCCUCAAGCUCCUGCUCCGCAGCAAGGCGGCCACGGAUAUCGCAAACGAGAGUGGGGAAACCGCGAUGGAUAUCGCCAAGAGGACCAGACAGUCGCAGUGCGAGGAGCUGCUGACGCAGGCUCUCAUGGGGAAGUUUAAUCCGCACAUCCACGUGGAGUACGAGUGGCGUCUGGGCGAGAACUUUUUGGACGAGAGCGAUGACGAGCUGGAUGACAAGCCCAGCCCGGCGAAACGCGAGGGCUCGGUGCGCCCCGUCACCGUGUACGGGAGCAGCUCCACCACGCAGGGCGGGGUGCCGCCAGCGCCGGGCGCCGUGCAGCUCCCUAUGCCGGGCCCGGGCCCCACUCGCCUGCGCCCCAGCAGCUCCACGUUUGACAAGCGCAGCACGGGGGGCGGCGGGGGCGGGCCGGGGGGAGCCGGGGCAGCGUUCCAGGUGGACAACGAGACGUACGGGACCGUGGUGGACGGGGGCAGCGCGCCGACGUCGCCGCCGGGCGGAGUGCUGGGAGCGCCGCCGCUCCCUCCCCGGAACAAGGGCACCAUUCCGCAGGCGCCGCUGAUGCCGCCCGGCCUGCCCGGCUCACUCGACUUGUCCAAGAAGAAACCUCCGCCGCCCCCCCCAGGCGCACCGCUGGGCCCGCCGCCGGCGCCGCCGCAGCCUCCCGGCGGCUUUCCCUCGGGCCACAAGCGUGCCAUCUCGGACCCCGUGAGCCCUCUGCCACCGGCACCGCCCGUGCGCGGCACGUCCGUCAUAAGGCACGAUCUCUCCCAGCAGCCACCUCCCCCCGUGGCCAAGACUCCCGGCGUCAUCGAGGCCAUGGUCCAGCAGGGCAGCACGGAGAACGCCGCGACCAAGGCAAGUCGGGGUCUGCAGGGGCUGCCCAGCAAACCGCUCGCGUACGUGAAGUUACACAAGGAGAGCCCUCCACCACCUGACGCUUCCAACUCAUUCUCUGACGUGCCGCUCCCGGCUCCGCGCAAACACAUCCCGCCAAAGCCGCGUGUGCGACGCGUCAAGGCCGUCUACGACUGCAUCGCCGACCACGGGGACGAGCUGAGCUUCCACGAGGGUGAGGUCAUCGUGGUGACGGGCGAGGAGGACCAGGAGUGGUGGAAGGGACACGUGGAGGGACACCCGGAGAGGCAGGGCGUGUUUCCCGUCUCCUUCGUGCACGUUCUAGUCGAGUGAGGUGGCGUCGCCUCGCAGCAGCGGGGAGAGCAGAGGCUCGCCAGGGGGAACGCGUUCCUCCGUGGGUGCCGUGGCAAAGCCUCGCGCUCUGCACGGCCGCAAAAUGAUGUACAAAUCUGCACUGGACGAUGGGACACCACAGGGAUCGGUGGGGGGGUUUUUGCUUCCGUGGUGCAAGACGAUUGAACUCCAUACGGCUGCCUCAUUCUUCGUGCAAGACGUGUCGACAAACGAAGAGUCGCGCAGCGUGAAUGCCCAAAUUAGCGGCAUUUACAUGAAGAAACACUCCCGUUGCAAAUAUUGUUAUCAUGGGGAAAAAAAGAGAGACCCUUGGGAUUGGAAUAAACUCGGUAUAUGUAAUAUGUAAUGCAAUUAUUGUAAGUAAUAGAGAUAUCUCCGAAUCGGUUUGGAGAAACGUUUUGUUUAUAUUCGUUCCUUUAUUGUAUGCCGUUGGGAGUUCCACGGACGUAACACUGUAGAACAUUUACACGCGCGGCGUAACUCUCUUAAGCGGCCGUUGGAAGCGCGCUGGCACCAGCGGCCGGCGACCAAACGGUGAGCAGCCCUCGCGACUGUUCUCGUCAGAAGGCUUUGCAGGGAAUUGUGUGUAGGUCCCACUCGCGACACGCACGCACGCCGGUGUGCGCGUGUUACGGCGACCGUGCGUCAAGAGGAUCCGGAACCUCGGCGCGGGGUGUGGGGGGGGGGAAGCAGAAGCUCCGAGCAAGUGAUGCGGCAGAUCCAUCGUGGCGGGUGAGUCGAGCGUAGUGAACGGCCACUCGCGCGGGGAACGGAGCCUUAAGGGGGGGGGGGGGGGCGGGCGUGUUAGUUUAUAUCUACUGUAAAUUGCCACAAGUAUUUAACGCUUGCACUACUACUGCAUGUUUCUUAAACAAAAAAAACAAUUACAACAAUAAGAAUGACAACGUUGGAACAAGUUGCCUUAUAAACACACCCAUUGAGAAGACUUGCAGCAGUUGCUGAAAAUAUUACCAAAAGUGGGGAUUUUUUUGCUUUUUGUUUCAAGGGAAAUAAUGAUGUUACAGUAUAUUUUAAUUCUAUUGGUAAGCCACUCUACCCACGUACUCUAUAAUACACCGUGGGAAGACGUGGCCAUUUCUGUGAGAUCGGUGGCUUGAAAUUUGGCUCCAGGAGACUUGAUUUUAUGAUUUAAGCAAUGACACGGAGUCCAGUGAUGGAACUUUAUAUUGGUGAUGCCACAAGUGACAAUGAUGAACGUGGUCUCUUCCCCUCACCCCCACCCUCAAGUGGCAUUCCGAUUAUGUAAUCGGCAUCAUGUCAUGAGACAAAGUUUCCGUUCUGAUCUAUCGCAGAGCAGUGCAAUCCUUCGUGGAAGUGGAUAUUACAGAGCUACCUCUGAGAUCCCUUCAUCAUGUGACCUCUGGUCCACACGGAGUGACAGUACUGCGUGUCACAUUUAAACCAAUAUUUUACAUCUCAGAGUUGGAAUUUAGCCAAGUUUAGUGCAUAAAAAUUGUUUAUGCGAUUGUCUUUUUUGAGCGGUCGUUGGUGACCCGGCUGAAACCGUCAACUCGGUAAACUUGAAAAUCCAGUUUAAUGAACCCAGGAGCUCAGCACUCUGACCUCUGAGCCACCUGCAGGCCACCUGGAAACCUGAUUUCUAAACAUCCUGAGUUUUAAGCCAGAGUGGCUUCAUGUGUCAUUAGUUACUUGUUGUCUACUGCUACGUGCAAUGACAAUGAUCCUGGCAACAUACCUGGCUGUAAACACUGUUAUAUUUGUUGAACCUGCAUGGUAUUCACGAUUAGCUUAUACGCCGAGUGACGUCUGCCCGAGGUUGACUACACUGGAGUUCCGUGGUGACGCUAGUCAUGAGCAAAAUAAUAAAAGAAAGCCUAGGGGCCUCAAUUUGAUAAAGCGGUCCCCCAUAUAACUGGAAGAAUAGGGGUGCAGAAAAUACUAGCCUGAACACAGGUCCUUAUAAAAUGUGUAAUUAUAUUAACAUAAUUGGAAUGGUAAUUCGCUAAAUUAUUUCACACAACUGGGCAUGUAUAAGGAUGUAGCCCGUUCAUCGUGUAAUGGUUGUGGUCAGGUGACGCUCCCAAUGUAAUUAAUGCUUAGGGGGGCCCUAUUGGGCUAGCACCAACCGCGCAGAGCUGGUUGAAAACCCUCGCUUGACAUUUGUUCACGAGAUGAUUUGUCCAAAGCUGUGUGGACUUCAGUGAGACCCCUGAACGCUGGAUCAAGACGUUUGAAUACUAGGAACCAAGUGCUUUGCUGGCCAUCACGAUUCCAACAGCGUUGUCCAACACAGCCCCAGAGUACUAGCCAUGGUGGACCAAGCAUUGACCAACAGCACUGACCAAUUUUACUCCAUUGAGGGCCAAAGAUAACUUUUAUUUUUUAACCACAUUAAUCCUGCAUGUACAUUUUACUAAUUAUUGUAUAUUUAAAGAACAUGUAGAAAAAUAACAGUUUGUGAAAAAAAUGUGUGUUCACUUCUAAAAGUGAGGAAAUGGAUGGGGGUUGGCCAGACAUUUUUUGGCAAAUAGAUAUCACCUGCCACUUUUGACCAUAGGCUUAAGUAAAAUAAACAUUACAGUAGGGAUGUUUAUCAUUUAACAUAAACAAGGUUAAUUCGCACGAUUGAAUGAAUGCCAGAUGCGUUGCUCUUCUUUUCGAACCGUACACAUCAGAUUAGUGCAAUUUUGGGUGUCAUUCAGGGGCCUGCCAUUAAUCUGAUAUCCAACGGUGCUUUUUUUACUCGAUUCGAAACCCUCGCUGGGAUCUGCAUUUCAUCAUGUAUUGCAUCAUCUUCAUAAUAAAGGUUUUUAGGUUAGAUCGCUUAAGUAUGUGUAGAAAUCCACCACCCGACACAGCCAGUAAGGUUUGUCACGUAAACAAGGCGCCAGUUAGUUACUACUUCAGCCCACCGGUGUGUUGGAGAGUAAUUCCACCAACAUUUACAAUUUUAAUACGAAGUUUCGUUGGCAAUUAAAUCCAGCAUCAUCGGGCGAUUUGCCAGCCCGAUGAUGCUGAAGGUUUGUUUACAUGCCAAACCUUCCUGGCUGUGUCGGGUGGUGGAGGGUUACAACACAUACUUACGCGAUCUAACCCAAAAACCUUUAUUAUGAAUAUUGGUCGCGAAAGCCGACGUGUUAAAUUGAAUAUUCUUGAUUGCAAAGGACAGUUACGUUUCAUCUUGUUUGUUAUUAAGUCGAAAACAACAUUUUCUGCCACGUUCAAAAAAUAUAAAAGGUUUAACUAUUAGUAAUAAAUAAACGAAAUCACGUGACGUGUUUUUCAUGUAAGAACAAAAAAGUACCACUGGGACAUUUUCCCUGGUGGAUUCGGAUAGUUAUGUUGAGGGAGGGGGGAAACACAAAUUGGCUUAAACAAAAAAUGUAAGAUAGCGUGCGCCAAUCUUGACAGGUCUGUUAUGGGAAACGAAAUGCGUUAUUAUAUGUUAUAAACUAAACGUGUUGCUCUGUUGUGUUUUAAAGCCAUUUGCUCAAGCGUGGAGCCUGCUGAAACUCAAGUAUUUUCGCUUUAAAAAUGGGGAAAAUUAUGAUAAAAAAUGUUUUUUUCCAUAAUCAGCAUAUAAGUAAUGUCCAUAAGCAUAAAGAAAGCACCCAUUAACACCCAGUUGGCAAUAUAAUUGUAUUUUUUUAUCGGUGAGAUGAUGCAUAGUUUUUGUUUGUUUUUAUGGUGGACAGUUACACAGUAUAAUCUGGGAAAUGUAAUCCAAGCGUUUGGAAGUUCAAGAAAAGCGUUCGGCUCGGUGUUUGGUGUGCGUUGCGGAGGGCCUGGCUUGCUCGAUAUUACAAACAAGGGAUCAUGCCUUGCGUGCAUAAUUGCAAAGUAAUGAGUGGAUUUGACGUUUAUACUAUUAAAUGCCUAUUGGAAUGUGUGGUUGUGUAAUGUACCAUAUGUUUUAGUUUCGUCUUGUAAAUGACUAAAAAUUGCACUGGUUGCAAACUGGGGUAUUUUUCUGGGACCUGAGCGAUUUAGUUCGUUUUCUUCUUCCGUUGGGUACAUUACGAUGACAUUCUUAGACGUGCUUUUUUCUUUUACAUUUUUGUAACGUAAUAACCACUGUUGUACAUGUUUUAUUUGGGGGGAAAACUGCCUUCUGCAUGUUACUGAUUAAUUUAAAAUUCUGUGGCUCAGAAAUAAAAUGUGAUUUAACAA